UCCCUUCCCUCCCCUCCCCUUUUCUUCUCUUUGUUUGGUUUUUAAUUUUCUUUUCUCAUUUUUUAUAUAUAUUUCUCUCUCUCUCGCGUGUAACUUCCGAACGAAAUCAUAGUAAGGGCCUUGUUGUUGCAAAACAAGCUUUUCUCAUUCUCUCUCUCUUGGUCUUUCCAUCCAUCUCUCUCUUAAAUAUACCCAGACCCUUUCAAAAAACCUAAAACAAUAUUAAUCAUAUGACUGCAAAACAAGAUUGAAACUGAGAUUAAACUUUGCUUACUUCUUCUUUCUAUCUAUCUAUUUCCUUUUAACUCUAUAUUUCUAUAAUCUAAUCUUUAUUAAUCUGACAAACAAACAAACAAACAAGGAUCUAUUUAUUCUUCCUUUCUACAAUGCCCACUUUGUUGCGGGCAAGGGUUUUCAUGCGGAUCAACAGAUUGGGGAAAUUUCCUAAAUUGGGAACUGAUUAGGGUUCCGAUCAGAGUAGAAAUGGGCUCAAGCUCCAGUAUUUGGGUUGUCGGAUUGAAGAGUUAUUUGCCUCAAACUUCGGUUUUUGAACAGAUUGCUUAAGAAAAAUGGUGAUUGCAAGGCUUUUGGGCAUGGAAGAAGAUUGCUUUCUUAUGGAAUUGUGUAUACAGUGAUCAGACAAGCUUGAAUAUUUUUACCUGUUUUAGACAAAAGGGUGUUAGGGUUUUCAGUAUUUUUAUGUGUUUGAUCUUAAUUGGGGGAUGGUUUUGGUAUUGGAUUAUUAUUGGAAGGAGGAGGUGAUGAUUCCUUAUUGUCCGGGGAGACACCAUAGGAGGUCAGAUUGUACUGGACCAUUUUUGUUUCUAAGAAAACCGUUUGGUUUAACAUAACUUUUGAGCUAGAAUUCUUGAUCAAAAGAGCAUUUCUUUAAGUUAGCUUUCUAUUUCGGGCAUUGUUGAAGUAGCUUAGUGUAAGAUUAUACUAGGGUUUAGUAAGUGAUCCCGGACUUGCAGUGGCAAUUUUUGCAAUUGAAGUGAUUUCUUUAGUGGUUGAUAGUUGACUUGGGGUUACCUUUGAGGUUGGAGUGGUUAAGGGGCGUGGUGGGUUUUAGGAACUUUUUGAGCUGUUAAGAGUGAUAGGACUCAUGGAGGAACAUUGAAGCUGGAAAUGUGUGCAGGGAUACGGAGCAUAGUUUCUGGUUGUUCCCUUUCUGGAACAUUGCUUCUGGAAGAUAAUUCAAGUGCUUUGGCUUUCAGAAGGCAUUCGUGUAUUGGUUUCUGAACUUCUGUGAAAUGUCGCGUUGCUUUCCCUUCCCACCACCAGGAUAUGAAAAGAAGGCCAGGACCGAUGAUGCAGACUUUCUAAAAAAGGAGAAGCAAAAGGAGAAGAAGCAUAAGAAAGAGAAGAAGGAGAAGGAGAGGAGAGAAAAUAAAGAAAAAAAGGAAAAGGACAAAAGUGAUGGAAAGCACAAGGAUAAGAAAGACAAAAAGGAAAAACACAAAGACAGAGACAAAAAGAAGGAAAAAGAUCGAGAUAAAGAAAAAGAUAGAAGUAAUAACUUGGAGGAGAAGAAAUUUCCUGGUCGUCCCGAGGGUCAAAAUGGGGAGAAAACCACUGUUGAGAAGCAGCUUCCUGGAAAAUCUGAAGGCCACAGUGGGGAGAAGUUUAUCCCAAAAGAGAAGGGUAGUGAGAAAGAUCGAAAUAGUUUCUCAGGUGAGAAGAAAUUUGCUGGGCAAUUUUCUGGUUAUAAUGGGGAGAAGCUUAGCCAAAGUCAUCAGGCUGAAGAUUUCAGGGAUUCUAAAUUUGUGCAUGAGUUGGGGAGGAGGGUCAGAGGUGAAGGUGCCGGAGCUGGAAACCAAUUGGAGGAAAAGCAUAUGGGUACCGUACCAAAAAGAGAUGAGGGAAUGGUCAGAUUGGUGGCUAAGACUGCCAAUGCAUUGGUUGAAGAGAAGGAAAAGAACAAGAGAAGUGAUGAUAGUAAGUCAAAUAUGCAAGGAAUCAGGGACGAGACAAGAUCAGGUGGAAAUGCUAUGGUUCAGAAUAUUGUUGGAGCAGUUAAUGCUAGAGUUGAAGGGAUCCCGAUACAAGUGGGGAGUAGUAAUGAGAGGCGGGAUGAAGGGAAAGAAAAAACCAAAGAAAAAAAAAGUGACGAUAAAAUCAGGGACAAGCACAAGACUAAAGAUGGGGAGAAAAAAAGUCAUGGGAAAGAUAAGGAUAGGGACAAAGAGAAGAAGAAGAAGAAGAAGGAGAAGAAGAAGGAAGAGAAGGCAAAGGCGAAAGGUGAACAUAGGAAUUUGGAGCUGGAUAACUUAAAAAGAAACAAUAAAGAUGACCCUGUCGGCACCAUUAAUCCGAAAGCAUCAGAUUCUUCUAAGGAGGGCAACAAGGGCGCUGUUGUCGAGGAAAAUCACCGCAAGCGGAAGGACUGGGAAAAUAAUGGAUUUCUUCAUGUUAAUGACCUUAAACCCAAUAAGUUGCCAAGAACUUCUUCCUCUGUAUUGAUGGACAAUGGAAAAACGUUAGAAUCUUGCCAAGCUCCCAUCCCACUCGCUUCCAAUAGCCAUGGGGCAGGAACUGGUCUUAAGGUGAAUGCUAAAGAACACAAGUUGAAUGGUACCAGUGAAGCUCAGGUGUUAUCUGUUUCCCCGGCAACGCAUUUAUCAGCAAGUGCACAAGCUAGUCAAAUGGAUGAAGUGUGUAAGAAACCACCCCAUCCGGAUUCCAAGUAUUUGAGCCAGGUACUUUCAGUGCCUGAGAUGGAAGAAUGGUCUGAUUUUGAUGACCAAUCAUGGCUAUUCCACAGUAAUGGAUCUCAAUCGAAGAAGCCCAAGGUGGGUUUUUCCAAGAUUGAUGAGGCACCACAGGUGUGGGCAGAAGCUCUGCAGAUAGAGUCCACCGAUGUUUGUGCUCUCCCAUAUGUUAUUCCAUACUGAUUUUUUUCUUCAUUACUGGCUUCUGGUUAACCCUCCUACACCACAGCAGGAUUUGGCCCUUGGGCGGAUUGAUUUCUCUUCAGCAUUCUUUUUGUUGUUGAACUCCGGUGUUACAGUGAAUGAUUUUGCAUGACUGACCACCAAAUUUGUCGAAAGCAACUGAUCCACCACGUCAACAAUCACAUAUUUAUUUGAAACACACAACGGCAACGGAGUCUCGGCUGAGAUGGUGCCUUCCAAGAAAGAGAGGUACAAAGCUUCUGCAAUUCUUAUUAUAAUUGCUUAAAAAGGCUGAGAAGGCAGUUUGUAAUUGAGAAUGCAAGAAGAAGAAGACAAGCUGUGGUGAAUGAAAACUCCACUGCAAUUUUGAUUUGUAACAUAGAAGGGUCUUAGUUACAAGAAAUGUAAGAUAGAAGGAAAAAGAAAGUAAGGGCAUUCGGUUUCCAAUUUAUUCACCUCCAUCCGUGUUUAUAUAUUAACCAUUUUUUGUUGUUGUCCAAAAUAUGAUUUCAGUCUCAUGUUUCUGCCCUUUUCCAUGUUCCUUCCUUGUUGCUACGGUUAAAUCAAGGGUUUGUCUUGGUCUUGGAAUUAGCCAUAUUGACCAAAGAACCCUACAUGGAUAGUCACCUAUAGUUGGGUAUUAUUAUUUGCUCAUCAAAAUUGAUUUAGUCAUUAACGAUUUUGAAA